AUGGCGUCGCUACGAUCGAUGGCAGUGUUGCGCGCUGCUGCCUGCCGACCGGCCCUCUCCCUACGACAGCCAGCGCUGGCACGUUUCCAAUCCGGCAGCAGCACACACGAACGAGGCCAGCCAGGUCUCGCCUCCACCAGCGAGCCCCCUCAUGGAAGCCACUCGGAGAGCGCGAUGAUUAGGCAAGAAGGAGCUGCAGAGGGACAACCAAGACACAGCCCAGAUUACAAUGUCGCUACGGAUUACAGGACAUCGUAAGAACAUGCACGGAGUAGGCGAGCAAGGAAACGCAAGACUGACAUGGUGAAUACAGCAACUUCUCUCCUGUACCCACUCGUGUCAUGGAUGGCAGUGAGCCUGGUGUUGAUACUCCCGCUGCUGUGCUCUCGGGUGCGCCAGUUGAGCUGCAAGCGCGCACGGUCCGGUACAGUGUUCCACCAUGAUGAAGUCCCCUUUACCUGCUCUAAUCACUUUGGGUUUAUAGCAUUUACAAACCCGCCAAAACUGCCACUCAAUCUGGGGACUGGCACUCGCACCACUGGCGCAUGGACUGGGAUCCUCUCAGCAAAGGACAUCGCUGGGAGAAUCCGCUCAUGGGCUGGCAGUCUUCUGCUGAUUUCAUGCAAGGCACACACCUCAACUUCGAAUCCAAGGAUGACGCCAUCCGGUUUGCUAACAAGCAAGGCUACGAGUAUUUCGUGCAAGAGCCAAAUGAGAGGAGAAUCAUUCCCAAGGCAUACGCAGACCAGUUUGUACACAGCCCAAAGAAGCUGAAGCAAGUGCGAACGAAAUAG